AUGUACGCUCCCUGGACCGUCCUCUUCAAUCUCGCCAGCGACGCACUCUUUGAGCCUCUCGCCGUGCAGCGCCACACCCGCUUCUAUGACGUCCAGGCUCACCGUGGCGGACGCGGCAACACCGUCGAGAACACCCUCCCCAGCUUCGCAUGGGGUCUCAUCGAUGGCGCCUCCACGCUCGAGCUCGACAACGGGAUUACCAAGGAUGGGCACGUCGUGGUCUGGCAUGACGAGGAGAUCACCGCCGCCAAGUGCCGCGACACUCGACCCGCGUUCCAGGGAGAUCCCGACUUCCCGUAUGUCGGCAAGUUCAUCGCCAAUCUCACCCUCCCGCAGCUGCGCACCGUCGAUUGCGGCUCCAAGCGGCAGUUUGGGUACCCGAUGCAGCUGGUUUACCCCGGCACGCGGAUAUCCACCAUGCAGGAGGUGUUCGACUUCGUGCUCUGGAACAUCGAGUCGAAAAUAAACGCCCGGCACCCGAAUCAGACGCGAUCAGUGGAGGACUUCGUGCAGAAGCAGUACAAGCUCUUCAGCAACAGCCCGUACAAACAGUCGAUCACCUACCAGAGCUUCGACUGGCGGUCAAUAGUCGCCAUGAAGGAGCUCGACCCGUCCAUCACCACCUCCGCGCUCAUUGACGACGACACCGCUGCGAACCCGGAGCACGGCGUCACGCCGUGGCUCGCCGGGCUCAACCUUGACUCCUUCCCGGCCCGACUCUCGCGCACCGGGUCGCCCACGCCGCACAUAGCGUCAAGGCCGACGUCCUCUCCCCCGCGGCGACGUCCAGCGGGACGUCCCGUGCCGGACCCGGACAUGGACGGCUACGUGCCGUUCACUACGCGGGAGAUGAUCGACACGGCUCACCGGCUGGGCAUGAAGGUCAAACCGUGGACUGUCAACCGGAACACCAUCGUGGAGGAGCUCCUGGAAUGGAAGGCGGACGGUAUCAUCUCGGACUACCCCAACGUCGUCCGCCGACUAGUAAAGCACAGAGGCCUUCCUGUUGCACCCAAGUAUCCGAAGCAGCGGGUGCUCGCGUGUCUGCAGGACCACCUGGAAAAGCAGGCUGAUUUCUAG